UGGGGAGGCUUUGGCGGUCCCCAGGACAGGGGCGCUGGGAGGAUGAACAGCUCUCGGGAAUGAUGUAGGCUGAGUAGAUCAAGGGGCAGAGAUUGUCCAGCGACCCUACGCUGAGCGCUGGAAAGGGGUCGCUGACGUGACCCGUCAUCUCUGAGCUAAUGGAAAGCCUAGACAGCCUUAUCUUCCGGUCUUCAGACCCAUUAGGAUUUUUACUUUGACUGUGGACCACGUCCCCAGGGUCAGGGGUUGCUCGGGGCAGGCGCCGGGGGUACUUGGACGCCCCUCACCCGACUAAAGGCGGGACUUCCGGCUCUGCUCCCCACUUGGGCGGGAUUUCCUGUUUUCCCUCUGGAGAAGUGGGUCUUCGCUGGUCCCCGGGCGUGCUUCGGCCGUCAGUGAGCGGUGGAGAGAGACCCCAGACUUUCACCCCUUUCCCGGACACGGGGUGCAUCCUCGAUUUCCUCUCACUUUCUAGCGGAGUUUGGGGUGGCAUUUCCAGCUUGACAGGGUACGGAUGGAUUCGGGGCGCCCCGAGGAGCUGUGGGAGGCUGUGGUGGGGGCCGCCGAGCGCUUCCGGACUCGGACGGGCACGGAGCUAGUGCUGCUGACCGCCGCGCCACCCCCGCCGCCCCGCCCGGGCCCUUGCGCCUAUGCAGCCCACGGCCGCGGGGCUCUGGCCGAGGCCGCCCGCCACUGCCUCCAGGACAUCGCCCUGGCCCACAGGGCUGCCACCACUUUCCGGCCCCCUGGGCCCCCACCAGCACCCCAGCCGCCGAGCCCUGUAGGGAGCCUGCCCCAGCCCGCCCUGCCCAGGGAGGAGGACAAGGAGGACGAAGACGAGCCGACAGACACGGAGACCUCUGGGGAGCGGCUGGGCGUCAGUGAUAACGGAGGACUCUUUGUGAUGGACGAGGACACCACGCUCCAGAACCUGCCUCCGUUCUGCGAGUCAGACCCUGAGAGCACGGACGAUGGCAGCCUGAGCGAGGAGACCCCCACUGGCCCUACGGCAUUCUCAGUGCCCCCGGCCUCAGCCCUGCCCACCCAGCAGUAUGCCAAGUCCCUGCCUGUGUCUGUGCCCAUCUGGCCCUUCAAGGAGAAGAGGACAGAAGCACGGUCAUCAGAUGAGGAGAAUGGGCCGCCCUCUUCCCCGGACCUGGACCGCAUCGCGGCUAGCAUGCGCGCUCUGGUGCUACGGGAGGCCGAGGACACCCAGGUCUUCGGGGACCUGCCACGACCGCGACUCAACACCAGCGACUUCCAGAAGCUGAAAAGGAAAUACUGAGGUUCAGGGAGAGAGUCUCCCAGCCAGGCCCGCCCGGCAUCCGCCCCGGUCUACACACUACACCCCUGCCCCGCCCCCGGGGACCGCCCCCGGGGGCCGCCAAUCGGAGUCAGAUCUGGGACCGGCCUCCAGGGUUCCCCCCCUCCCCCGCCC